AUGAAGAGAUAACACUAAGAGCUUAACUACGGUAGCUAGUAAAACAUUAACUAAAAUAAGAGAAGAAAAUUGGCUUGUUUAAGAGUAUCAGGUUUAAACAAGCAGAAUUAAUUACCUCUAUCAUACGAUUUAAAUUUAAGAUCAGAAUUAGAUUCUAAUAAUCUCUUCCCAAGCAAGCAGAAGAAAAUAUCAACUAUCUUUUGCAAUUAAGGACAGUAGAAUGAUAAGCUAGCACUCUACAAAAAUGAUAGCGAUUUCGGCACAUAUUCUAACACUCCAUCAUCUAUGUAAACUCUUCAACAACAAAUGAACUACCGGGACUUCAGCUAUCAUUCGAGUGAGGCCGGUAACUUUGAAUCAAUUAAUGAAGAUUCUAACAAUGAAAGCAAUCUUGACUGCAGUGAGGAUAUUUUUCUAGUUGACCUCGAAAAUGAAGAACUUUCGAGCUAAAAAAAUAACCACAAUCUUGCUUAUGACAAGGACUAAAAAAAAUCAAUAAACGACAAACACAUAUGUAACAAUAGAAUUGGACAAAGAGAAGGAGCAAUUGCGGAAAUUUCAAAUUCAGUCUGUCAAUAGAUACAAGUUCCUGUCUCAAUAAAAUAUCUUUAGUCAGAGCCUAUGUUAGAAAAACAUAUUUUAGAUAAUAUCUUUGCAAGCAAGUUCUUAAGUAUCAAGCAUAGAAUAUCAAUAGCAGAUUGGAUGAUUCAAUUUUGUACUACAUAUAAGCUUCAAAAAUCUACAUUCCAUUUGGGCCUACAUUACUUUGAUUAAGUAAUCCUCAAGUCUUUCUAGUACAAAGAAAGUAUCGAUCAAUAAAGACUUGAGGCUUAUGCUUCCAUGAGUUUAUUUAUUGCUAGCAAAAUUAACGAGGUUUCUCCUCCAAGCUUUUAGCUAUUUUAACUCAGCGUUAAAUAAACCAAUAAUUCUUAGUAGCUCAGGGAAAGUGAGAUAAAGAUUUUGCAGUAUCUAGACUGCAAGCUCAUAGGAGCAACCGCUCUAGACAUGAUGCAUCAAAACAUGAUUUAUUUGAAUCAGAAACAGAGUUAAUAAAAAUAAAUAACUUAAUAAGAAUACUUUAUUUAUCUUGAUAUCCUGGAUCUACUCUAGUUAGAUCCUUACUUUAAGUCUUUUCCACCUAUGAUCAUGGUUUUCACAGUUAUGCAAAUCAUCAAAUGCUUGCUUGAUGGAAACGAAUUAAUCUCUAAGUAGCUGCAAAACCUUAUCAAAAUGGAAGCGGUUGAUAUGAUUAAAGAGUAUCAAGGUACUAAUUAGAUACUUAUAACUAAUGUAAGCUUGAUUGAAACCAGUGUCCACUAUGUCCUUAGAUACAAAGAGAUAAUUAAUACUAUAGUUCAAGAAUACAAGAAAAAUUAAGUCUUGAUAAAUACAAAUAUAGAAGGCAAAAAUGAACAGCUAAUUAAGGAUAAAUUCAGCUAAGUCCAUUCCUUCCCAAGCUAAUUAAAGACUGAUUUCUCUAGGGAGAUCAUAAACUCAAUGAACAAUUAAAAUUGA